AUGGAAGAGUCGGCCGGGGGCGACACGCGAGAACAGAUGGACGCCUCUCGCGCGACAGAAGAAAGGCGCUCGAGGAAAGAGACGCCGGAAGAGCCGCGGAUUGCCACAUGCAUAGAAAUCGCUCAGAGCGUCCUCGAAAAAGUCCACAGGGGUGUCCUCGCCCUCCGCCAACUUGGGGAGCAACAAGCCUUGCGUCAGUCUUCUCGUGCUUCUGUGCUGUCUUCUCCUUCGUCAUCGUGUUCUGUCUCGUCCUCUUCUCAUGUCUCUUCUUCUCUGUCUUCUGUCUCCUCUUGCCCCCCACCGCCUCGCUGGUCUUCUUCGAGUGUGAAUUCCAAGCCCUCUUCUGAGGCAAGAGCUCCAGAAGGAGUCAAGACUGGCGAAGACAACACGAAAGACAUUACUGAAGAAGGCCAGGAGGGAGCAGCACACGCGCCGCCGGGGAAAGCAGAAGGAAAUGCAGCGAGCCGAGACAAAGAAGAAGGAUUCUGGGACGCCUUUUUAGAGAGAGUCAAGGCCCCCCCCCACCUGGUGGCGGUGACUGCUGGAAAGGAAGAUGCAGGAGUCUCCUUUCUCCGGUCCCAGAAGAGAGCGGCUGAAGCGUCUGGUGUUCGUCUGUCCCUACUCGAGUUGGACGGUUCCAUAUCUCUCCGCAAUUUGAGAGAUCACCUUCGAUGUCUAGGCGGCGACGCGCACAGAGAACGGAAAACCCGAGACACCGAACGCGCAGCGACACGCCCCGGAGACGAAUCAGAGAAGCCAGACCAACAGGAAACGAAUGAGGAGGGAAACGGAAACGAAGAAGGAAAAGAAGAAGGCAAAGAGGGGGAGGAAGGUGAUGGUUUGACUCAAAGCUGUGACGAGGCGACAAGUGGAAGGAAGAGCAGGCCAGAAGAUGGGCAGACGGAAACGGGUGUAGAAGAGAGGAAGCGAGCACGCAUCCGUGAAAAGAGGAGCGAAAUAAGAAGACACCUCAAGAACGUCCUCAGAGAACUCGAGGACGAGGCCCCAGACUGCGUCGUGCCUUUCGCAGUGCCGUGCGUCGCCCUAGCAGUGCUGGAGAUCCUGAAAGCGUGGAAGAUUCCGCUCCCUGGCGCCUCCGCGGCCGUCGUCGGGGCGAGCCCUCGCGUUGGCCAGGCGAUUGCUCUCCUUCUCCUGCAGGAGCAAGCGACAGUGACAUUGUGUCACAGCCGCACGAAGCAGCUGGGCGAAAUCCUCAAGCGUUCAGACGUCAUUAUCGCGGCCGCUGGCUCCCCAAAUCUUAUCUCUGCCGACAGCGUCCGCCGCAACGCCGCCGUGAUCGACGUCGGCGUGAGUGUUUCCGACAAGGCGAGCCGCGCAAAGGGUCGUCCCUGCGCUCUGCUGAAAGAGAGCGAGAACGCCGCGAGUCACGCGAGCGACGCACGAAGCGAGCGAGUCGGAGAAGGCCAACACGCAGCUCCAGAAGAAACCAGAGAGAAAGGAAGGGAUGAAGUCCCAGAGACGGCACAGGCAAGAGGAGAAGCGAACGGAGAAAAGUGUGCGAAUGCAAGUGUGAGAGAGGCACAAGAGAGGAAGGCGCAGAAAGGAGACGAGAGCGGCGAGAUCGGCAAGAGCGGCGAGAGCGGCGAGAGACGCGAACUGGAGAGAGAGCGAGGAGGGGAGUCGAGAGGCAGAAAAGCGCGACAGUUAGGGGCUGUUCUAGUGGGAGAUGUAGACUUCCACGUGAAGAAGAAAACGCGGUUUCUAACACCUGUCCCUCGAGGUGUAGGUCUCGUGACUGGGGCAGUGCUUAUGCGACAGGUUCUCAAAGCAAAAAUUCUGCAACUUCUUCGCAGUCUGCAGAGAAAUAAAACGAACAGCAAAUAUCCAUGA